AUGCCGGAGCAGAGCAACGACUACAGAGUGGCUGUGUUCGGGGCGGGGGGAGUGGGCAAGAGCUCCCUAGUCCUGAGGUUUGUGAAGGGCACGUUCCGGGAGAGCUACAUCCCCACCGUGGAGGACACCUACCGGCAUGUGAUCAGCUGUGACAAGAGCAUCUGCACGCUGCAGAUCACCGACACCACGGGCAGCCACCAGUUCCCCGCCAUGCAGCGGCUGUCCAUAUCCAAGGGCCACGCCUUCAUCCUGGUCUACUCCAUCACCAGCCGGCAGUCUCUGGAGGAGCUCAAGCCCAUCUACGAGCAGAUCUGUGAGAUCAAAGGGGACGUGGACAGCAUCCCCAUCAUGCUGGUGGGCAACAAGUGCGAUGAGAGCCCCAGCCGCGAGGUGCAGAGCAGCGAGGCCGAGGCAUUGGCGCGCACGUGGAAGUGCGCCUUCAUGGAGACCUCGGCCAAGCUCAACCACAACGUGAAGGAGCUGUUCCAGGAGCUGCUAAACCUGGAGAAGCGCAGGACCGUGAGUCUCCAGAUCGACGGCAAGAAGAGCAAGCAACAGAAAAGGAAAGAAAAGCUGAAGGGCAAGUGCGUGGUCAUGUGAAGACCCUGGUCGCCCUGCACCGCAGAGGGGCAGCUGCGCCUGGCCGCGUCCCUCCCCAGUGCACCCUCCCCAUCCGGGCAGCAUGUCUGAGGCCCACGUGUGACACAUUGCAUCUGCCCGAGCGCACCCUCAUGUCCCUAUGGGGUGGUCCAUGCCACUCCACCAUCAGCCAUCCUUCUCUAGAGCCACAGACCUGCCAGGGGGCGAAAAAGAAGUGCAAAGCUGAGGCCUGUGGAGAGAGGUGCCAGCCACUGUGCUGGCAGGCAGUUUUGGCCAUUAGGAGUUAGGAAGACUGGACCCUGGGAAGAAGGACAAGCAGAGGGGACGUGUGUCACCUACAUGCAUGUUGAAUGUGUAAGCCCUGAGCUACGGGCACCAACCCCACCACAAGCAUCUCUCCCUGCUCAGAAGCCAGUAGCAUCUUGGGGGUGGGGAUGGUGAGAAGGCCAGCUGGUCCCACGUGAGCAGAGUGGUUCCCUCGCAAGGUUUUUAGGUGGACACCCUCCCCAAAGGAUGUGUGUGCCCUGUCUGUUCUCCUGCCUGGCCCUGAGGGGAUGAGUCACCUCCUGUAGAUCUAGUUAGCACGCAUCUUGUCAGCCAAGUAGAGCACUUACUUUCACAUGCAACAAUGAGUUCACACACAGUGCGCUCUUGUGUCAGAAGUUCUUCAACUAUUGAGUACUGGUAUCGUAACAUUCUAACACAACGCAAUAAUGUUCUUGUGUGUUACACUUUGAGGGUUUUAGAAAUGUGAAGUUUCUUUCCUUUGGUCUGAUAGGGCUGUAUCUUCUAGCCCUCAUAUUUUUAAACAAA